AUGACUGACCACGCUGAUGAUUUGAUUGAUUAUGAGGAGGAAGAUGAAGUCAUGCAAUCUGAAACUAUCCAAUCUGAACAAUCUGAAAUCAAUGGUCAGGAGGGGAAUGAUGAUAAAAAAGAUAAGAAGGGAAGUUAUGUGGGUAUUCACUCUACUGGAUUCAGAGAUUUUUUAUUGAAACCGGAACUUUUGCGUGCUAUUGUUGACUGCGGUUUUGAACAUCCAAGUGAAGUUCAACAAGAAUGUAUCCCUCAAUCAAUUUUGGGAAUGGAUGUAUUGUGUCAAGCUAAAUCUGGUAUGGGCAAAACAGCAGUAUUUGUUCUUGCAACACUUCAACAAGUAGAACCUACACCAGGAGAAGUAUCUGUUAUUGUACUUUGUCAUACUCGUGAAUUAGCUUUUCAAAUUAGGAGCGAGUAUAGUAGGUUCAGCAAAUAUAUGCCAGAAAUCAAAACUGAUGUCUUCUAUGGAGGUAUUCCAAUCAGAGAGGACUAUAAAAAAUUUUCAAAUAAAGAUACCAUUCCACAUAUUGUGGUAGGAACACCUGGAAGAGUAUUGGCAUUGGUUAAUGAUGGUCAUCUUAAAGUUGGUAGCGUUAAACAUUUUGUGCUUGAUGAAUGUGAUAAAAUGUUGGAUCAAUUAGGUAUUUAA